CGAAGGAAAGCAGGCGCCACGCCAUGAUUUCCCCCCCUGCCGACGGCGACGCUUUCCCGAACGAGCGCGCAGGCCGGCAGCGGUGCAGCACCCACGACGCCCCCACCCCUGACCCGAAUAAACCUCUGGAUCGCUGCCCGCACGCAACUUUCGGGCAGCCGCCUAAUCAUGCGCUCGCCAGGCCCGGUGUCCCCCGCUCGACGUCCGCCUCCAUACAAAACCACCGCGAGCGCCCGUGCACACGGGGACACGCUUCGACGCUCCCCGGCCGUCUCCUCCCUUUCGGCUGCUGGGAUCUCUCCAAGGUCCGGAGACCUGCUCCGACUGCCUCCGCUGGUGCAACUAGUUAAUGACCCUAAGGUCGUAGCUUGGUGUGCGGCGGCUGCGCUCGCCCCGCCACGGCCCAGCGCCCUCACCGGCCGCCGGAGCGCGCGUACGUUUCGUGUGGGCGGGAUGGACUCCGGCAACAGCGGCAGCCUGCAGUCGUCCAGCGGCGGCGGCGACGACGAGUUCGACGCGGCGUGCGGCGGGGUAGCCGCCGACUCCUCGCCGCUCUCCGCGCUGCUCCGCCCCCACCCGGGCUUCGGCGGCGGCGGCGGCUCGUCGUCGCUGAUCUACGGCCUCGAGGAGCUCGGCGCGCCGCCGCUGUCGCACUGGUGCCCGACGGCGGCGCCCCUCCCGCAAGCCAGCGCUGGCACCCCGGCCUCGCCGCCGUGCCAUGGCGGUCCGGCAGCCUCCGCGCCUGCGGCCGACCACGCGGCCGCGGCGACGGCGGUCCAGCCCGCCGCGCCGGCGCGGGGGUCGAGGAAGCGGGCGCGCGCGUCGCGCCGCGCGCCGACGACGGUGCUCACCACCGACACCUCCAACUUCCGCGCCAUGGUUCAGGAGUUCACCGGCAUCCCCGCGCCGCCCUUCGCCGGCGCGCGCUCCCGCCUCGACAACCUCUUCCCCUCCCGCUCCUCCUCCGCGGGCCCCGCCGCGCUCCCGCAGUACCUCCUCCGCCCCUUCGCGCACAGCAAACUCCACGCGUACCCGCCCCCCGCGUCCUCGCCGGCGCCGGCCAGCGUCGCCAUUGCGGCCAGCACCGUCACCCAUGCAGGCGCCACGGCCGUGGCGUCCGGCGACGACAGCUACAACCAGCAGCUCACAGCAGCCGCGCCGCCCGCUCUUCUCGGGACGCAAGAUCACGGCAGCAGCAGCAGCAGCUACCUCUCCUUCCAGGGCGCCCUCGGCGGUGGCGCCAACAAGUACCCCUUGUUCGACGACCGCGGCGGCGUCGCGCCGUCGUCCGCUCCGAGGCCGCAGGACCCGGCGGGCUUCCUGGGCCUCGCGCGCGGGAGCACCAUGAGCCCCGAGGGGGCGCGCGCGCACCUGCACCCGCGAAACGGUGGCCGUGGCGACGACGAGCUGUCCGGCCUGGUCGGCGGCUGCAAGGCGACCUACUCCUCGGCGCCGCCCCCGCUCGAGCGCAACGGGCGGAGCCCGCCGGCCGGCGGCGUCCCCACGGCGACAACGACGCCAACGGCGGCCAUGCGAACGCGAGGCGCGGACUCGUGGGUCUGCGGUGCAUCAGAGUAGGCUACUGAUUCACUUGCUCCUCUCCAAGAAUCCAAUCGCGUACAUGUCGAGAGAUCAAUCAGAUUUUGAUCUGUUUGAAAUGGCUCGCUCGAUCAGUUACUUGUUUGCUGCUGUCGAAUUAUUUGCAUUGCAUCCAUAUGCCGGUGCAGAUUAGACAAAGCUAAAAAGAUCACAUUUUUGCUCUGACAAUCUGCUCGUUGAUCGUUAGCCAAUUGAGAUCAUCAGUUGGAUGGCUACACAUGAUAUGAGCAUGGGAGAAGUUAA